CCUCCUUACUUCCCACCUCAGAGCAGCUGCAUGACUUCCUGAGGGUUCUACUGCAGUAGCCAGAGAUAAACACUCAUUUGUGCACAUAACCUGCAAGUCUCCAGUUUCUAAGUUUCUAGGCUUCUUCCCUCUCUGUUCUUUUCCUUCCCCCACUUUGAACCAGGAAAGCUAAACUCUGGUGGGCUUGAAGCAGCUUGAGAACUACUAAGAAAGAGGAAGAAGAGUCGGUGUAUAUUGUUUAGCAAAUGUGCCAUGCCCUGACCUCUCUCCUCUGGAAAAGAAACGUUCCUAAAAAGCGGGAGCCCUGUGAAUGGAGUGGACCAUCCAGAGUAUCCAGAUUUCUUCUGCAGCUCACCAUCCAGGGUUAGCUCACCAGGGGACUAGCAGGUUGGAUUUUCUGAAGAUCUGGAUGUUGCUUCAGGGAGCAACUUCAAAAGGACCUUAAACUGUGAAGCUUGGAACCAGCAGCUUGAACGUACCCUGACACUACAACGUAAGGACAGUGGCCACAGUAAGAAGGAAAAUUUGUGAAAGGUGCUGUGGGGCCAAAAAGAGGCACCAAGCAGACAUUCCUGGAGAACAUGGUUGGAGCUGAAAAUAUGACAGCAUCUUUCAGUAAUAACAGAUGUCAUGACACAAUUGAUGAAUUCCGAAAUCAGGUGUACUCCACAAUGUACUCUAUGAUCUCCGUUGUGGGUUUCUUUGGCAAUAGCUUUGUCCUCUAUGUCCUCAUAAAAACAUACCAUGAGAAAUCAGCCUUCCAAGUAUACAUGAUUAAUCUAGCCAUAGCAGAUCUACUCUGUGUAUGUACAUUGCCUCUCCGUGUGGUCUACUAUGUUCACAAAGGCAAGUGGUUCUUUGGUGACUUUUUGUGCCGCCUCACCACCUAUGCCUUAUAUGUUAACCUCUAUUGUAGCAUCUUCUUUAUGACAGCCAUGAGCUUUUUCCGGUGUGUUGCAAUUGUCUUUCCAGUCCAGAACAUUAAUUUGGUUACACAGAAAAAAGCCAGGUUUGUGUGUGUUGGAAUUUGGAUUUUUGUGAUUUUGACAAGUUCUCCAUUUUUACUGAGCAAAUCUUACCAAGAUGAGAAAAACAAUACUAAAUGUUUUGAGCCUCCACAGGACAAACAAACUAAAAAAUAUGUUUUGGUCUUGCAUUAUGUGUCAUUAAUCUUUGGUUUCAUCAUCCCUUUUGUCACCAUAAUUGUCUGUUACACAAUGAUCAUUCUGACCUUACUAAAAAAUACAAUGAAGAAAAACCUGCCAAGUCGAAGGAAGGCUAUAGGAAUGAUCAUAGUUGUGACAGCUGCCUUUUUAGUCAGCUUCAUGCCAUAUCAUAUUCAACGAGCUAUCCACCUUCACUUUUUACACAGUGAAACUAGAUCCUGUGACUCUGUCCUUAGGAUGCAGAAGUCAGUGGUCAUAACCUUAUCUCUAGCUGCAUCAAAUUGUUGCUUUGAUCCUCUGCUAUAUUUCUUUUCAGGUGGAAACUUUAGGAGAAGGCUGUCUACAUUUAGAAAGCAUUCUUUGUCCAGUAUGACUUACAUACCCAAAAAGAAAGCUUCCUUGCCAGAAAAAGGAGAAGAAAUGUGUAAAGAAUAAUUCAGACCCAUUUCCAGUGCAGAGCAAUGAAAAGUAAAUUCCUGACAAGCAUUUUUUUAAAUCACAAUUUUAAAAAAGUUUCCCAUGAGUAGUUUACAAAUCAUUAUAUGUAUGACAUUUAUAAAUACCAUUAUUUGAUAUUUUAAGUGUUCAAAAUUCAGUUUCUAACUGUGAACCAACCCUUCGGUUUUUCAAUGACUCACCAGAAAGUGGAGAAUGUUUGUGGUUCUGAACUAUAAAACUGAGUAUGAAAUCAAGAAUAUCAAAAGGGUUACAAAAGUUAUGUACUAGACUUUUGAGUCCAGCUUUUAAAUAUAGCUUGGAAAUUAGCAAAUAGUCAUCAGUCACCCUAACAUAUCCCUUUGCAUGCAUGCCAUGAGAUGAGACCUGGAGAUGACCCAGGACCUACAGAAAUGUACGGUCAUGGUUUCCUUUGUAGUACAGACUAGCUAGGUAAAGCAGUGCACUGUCUUCCAGAAGAGAAUGUUCAAGUGCUAGAACACACCAAGAUUCAGCCAAGAGCUCCGCAGGCUGCAGGAAAUUUACCAUCUGAAAAGUAAGGAAGAUAAAUCCGAUCAAAGGCCAGUUUGUUUCUUAAUUUUCUUCUGCCUUUGACUCAAGCUGUCCACUCCCCCCCCCCAAAGAAUGAUUUUGUUCUUGCUCACUACAGUUCAAUCCCAAUUCUACAUGUAAUCCUUCCUUAAUGAGUAAGGCAACUGGCAUUUCCAUAUAUGAGCAGAAGCAAUCAAAAUUCAUCUGAAGUAAAGGAAAUAGGUCUACUAUUCUACACAAGUUUUGUUGGAAUCAAAAUUAACUAUGUCAGAUACCAGAAGAAAAUUUGAAUAUCCAUGUCAUUAAUUCUUUAAUAAGUAUAUGCACUUAUGUAUAUAUAUAAAUAUAAGUAAUAUAUCUUGUUCUAUGACAUGCAUUUAUAGUAAGUUAAUUAUGAAAUAUAUUUUUGUUUUAUACUUCCUGCUUUUUUCAUUAGCAUGUUGAAAGUAAUAAUUGUUUAUAGUGAUUUUCAUAUUAUAGCAGAAACUUUGUUCUUAAAGCAAACCAUUGAAAACAACUUGAUUGUUUGAUAUGAUAUUCAUUGGCAAAGUUUUGCUGAAGGCCACUUUGCCCCAACUCUGAGUUUCAAAAGUCACAUUACAUCAGAAGGAAUAAAUGAUAAUAGAGAUGGAAUAAAGAAAAACCAUGAAUGGAGUUCUAUCUGCACCAGCCACAUGUAAACUUUUUAAAUUUCACUUCUGCUGGACCCCUUGGGAAAAAAUUUAAAGCAUAAUGAAGAGAGGACUCUGAGGAUCAAAACUAACUGGAACUCAUUGAUUUCUGUUGAACAUGUCUGAAAAUUGACAGUGCCUAUUACUCUUGUUACCUCUUGCUUGAGACAAAUAUGAAACAUAUUUGUCAUAAGACUUCAGGCCUCAUUUUCUACAUUUCUGCUUUGUAGUAGAAGGGCCCAACACUGGAAGCCAAGAUGUCUGCAUGCUAACCUGGUCUCUUUUAACUUUUAACAAAGUUAACGUAACUAUGACCAAAUCUUAUAAGCCUAAAACCUUAACUUUCUCAGCUGUAAGAUGAGAAUGAUACUUGUUUUGCUUUCUUAUGGACAUUUGCAGGAUUCAAAUAUGGGCAGAUAUGUUAAAAUUGUAUCCUAAAAUGUAUUAUAAGAUGCCAUUUUAAAGUAUUUUUAGGAGAGUUGUUAAAUAUGCUAACUCAUAUCUAUUGUAUCCAUUUUAAUUUUGAAAGAAUGAGAACAAAAUACUGCCACAAUUUAAUUCUAAUGCAUAUAAUCAUGUUGCUCAUUUAUUCCUAUGUCCAAGCUUUUGUCUGUAUUUGCAAUUUCACUCACAUAUGUACCCAUAUGUACCAUAUAGAUAUUCCACAAAACUUCAGCCACAUGCAAACGUACAAUGAAUGUAUUGUUCUUUCUUGAACUAUGCCUUUAUAGCUGAUACCAUACAACUUACUUCUUACUACUUUUUCCAGUUUCUCCAUGUGUCUUAGUAUUUUCUCAUAAAGGGAAGUGCUCUGUGUAGAAGUAUCAAUUCCUUGAGGUUAAAAAUUACAUCCUUGAGGUAAAAAUACAUUAUAUAUAUAUAUAAUUUUUUAUUUUAAAAGCUUUUCAAAUGUUUUAAAUGCUUUAUCUGUGCCAAUUCAUAAGUACAAAAGCCUCAUUUUGUCAGCAAGCUUUAACCAAGAUUGAACUCUAGGCAUUCUGUUGCUAAACUAUAUUCUUAAUUUGCUAGGUAUCUGUGCCAUCAUUUUCAUGUACAAAGUGUCAGGUAUACAUGAUAAAUAAGUUCUAGAGGUUUACUAUGUAAAAUUAUGCCUUCCAUUAUCACUGUGCCUUUAUUUUUUUAAUAGGACAGAUAUGCUUUGCUCUUACUGCAAACAGAUGAGAAAUACAUGAUUGAGCAAUGAGAGACAGAGAGAGAAAUUGGAUGAAUCGAUGAUAAAUUAAAGUGUAUGCUUUUUAACGCUUUUUAAAAUAUUUUACUUAUACAUAUGUAUCUGCAUGAAUUUUUAGUUUUUAUUUAUGCUCUCAUAUAUUAUAUCCCAACUCCAGUUUCUCCUCCUUUCCCUCAUCCCAGUUCUCCCUCUCCCCAAUUCCUGUGUUCCCUAGAUCCUCUCCUCCUCAACUUCUUUUCAGAAAAAAGCAGGUUUCCCAGUGAUUUCAAACAAACAUACCAUGAAAUACAAUAAGACUUAGCAUAAACCCUGAUAUCAACCCAGUAAGAAAAAGGGAUCCCAAGAACAGGCAAGAGAGUCAGAAACAACCCCACUCCUACUGUUAGGACUCCCAUAAAAAAGACAAAGCUAUACAACCAUAAUGUAAUAUGCAGUGGACCUAGCUCAGACCCAUACACAUUCAACUGCUUCCCUGAUCUCCAUUUCAGUUCUGUGAGCCCCUAUGAGCCCUGCGUAGUUGAUUCUGUGGGCCACGUUCUCCUGGUGUCUUUGAAUGCUUAAAUGUGUAAAUUAUAUGAUGAGCAUUACACAUACUUAUGAUUUAGCCCAAAGAAUGCUGUAAAAGUCACUUAGAAUAUUGAAAUUAGAAGGUGCUUCAUAUUUGCAAUUCCUAGUAGCAAAAUAAUAAUAAUCUAUAGCAUUAACACUCCACAGUCUUUACAUAUAUCCCUAUGGUCACUAGCAGCCUUUUCAAAUCUCAUCAGGUAGUCAAAACUGUUUAUCAUUGUAUACUUAACUUUUUAUUUCAUUCAGCAAGUAUUGUAUGUAUCCCUAAAAUGCAUUUCUGGUCUUAAGCAAAUGUUCUGUAUGUUAAGUUUUAAAAUAAACAAUUGAUUUUGUGGGUUC